AUGGUCUCGUCCAAAGACUUGGUUCUGAUCUCUUUGAGCCAAAACAUCUCCUUCAUAGGGAAGAGCUGGCUCCUCCUGCUGCUGCUGUUCCGGGCCCUGAUCGUGCUCCUGGCCGGGUUCUCGCUGUUCGGGGACGAGCAGGAGCGAUUUGUGUGCAACACCAUCCAGCCGGGAUGUUCCAACCUCUGCUGGAACGUCUUCUGCCCCGUGUCUCUGCUGCGGCUGUGGCUCCUCCUCCUGCUGCUGCUGCUGAUGCCUCAUGUGCUGCUGGGGGUCUUCAUCUGCCACCGCGUACUGCAAGGAGACCCCAGGCUCCAGAGACCAGACCCGAGGCCCCGGUCCAGAUCAGCAGACCCUGUGACGACAGAGGCCCAAACCAAACUCGACCUCGCGCAGAGAUGGACCGAGUGCUCGACGCCGCGGUUCCACUGCGCGUACAUGUCGGUGGUGAUCCUGCGGAUGGUGCUGGAGGCCGCCUUCGCCACGGGACAGUUCUUCCUCUUCGGUCUGUCGUUCCCGAAAAGCUUCCAGUGCUUUGAGGCUCCGUGCACGUCCGGGAUCGAGUGCUACGUGUCGCGACCCACAGAGAAGUCGCUGAUGCUGAACGCCAUGCUAGCCGCGGCCGCGCUCUCCGUCGCUCUGAGCUUCCUGGACCUCGUGAGCUCGGCCAAAAGAAUGGUGACCGUGGCCAGAAGCAGGAGGCAGAGUAUGGGGAGCCACGGGGAGCGGAGCAGCGUCCUCACGACCAGCGAGGACAGCCUCAUCGCCAAACGAGCUAGCCCCAAUGCUACGCAGGCUAACAGUGAGGCGCGAACGGGCGAGGCGCAACCUCUCUACGGAGCUAAGAACCAGCUGAAACCGCCUUUGCACCCACGCAAGGACAGAGGGCCUCCCGUCACCCCCAUUAGCAGGAGGCUAAUUAGCACAGCAGCUAACUCGGGACAGCAGUCGGACAGCAGUGACUCCCAGGACCACAAGAGGGCGUGGGUGUGA